GAGGAGUUUUCCGCUGGUGCACAUUGAAGAUCCACAACCAUGACUGCCUCCAAAUACUUCACAACCAAUAAAAAAGGAGAAAUCUUUGAAUUAAAGGCUGAACUCAACAAUGAAAAGAAAGAAAAGAGGAAGGAGGCUGUGAAGAAAGUGAUUGCUGUUAUGACUGUGGGGAAAGAUGUUAGCUGUCUCUUUCCAGAUGUAGUGAAUUGUAUGCAGACUGACAACCUGGAACUAAAGAAGCUCGUGUAUCUCUACUUGAUGAACUAUGCCAAGAGUCAGCCAGACAUGGCCAUCAUGGCUGUCAACAGCUUUGUGAAGGACUGUGAAGAUCCCAAUCCUCUGAUUCGGGCCUUGGCAGUCAGAACCAUGGGGUGCAUCCAGGUGGACAAGAUUACAGAAGAUCUCUGUGAGCCCCUCCGCAAGUGCUUAAAGGAUGAAGAUCCCUAUGUUCGGAAGACAGCAGCAGUCUGUGUGGCAAAACUCCAUGACAUCAAUGCCCAAAUGGUGGAAGAUCAGGGAUUUCUGGACUCUCUGCGGGAUCUCAUAGCAGAUUCAAAUCCAGUGGUGGUGGGUAAUGCUGUAGCAGCAUUAUCUGAAAUCAGUGAAUCUCACCCAAACAGCAACUUACUCGAUCUGAAUCCACAGAACAUUAAUAAGCUACUGACAGCCCUGAAUGAGUGUACCGAACGGGGCCAGAUUUUCAUCCUGGACUGCCUGUCUAAUUACAACCCUAAAGAUGACCGGGAGACUCAGAGUAUCUGUGAGCGGGUAACUCCUCGGCUAUCUCACGCCAACUCAGCAGUGCUGCUUUCAGCAGUAAAAGUCCUAAUGAAAUUUCUAGAGUUGUUACCCAAGGACUCUGACUACUACAAUAUGCUGCUGAAGAAGUUGGCCCCUCCACUUGUCACUUUGCUGUCUGGGGAGCCAGAGGUGCAGUACGUCGCCCUGAGGAACAUCAACCUGAUCAUCCAGAAAAGGCCUGAAAUCUUGAAGCAGGAGAUCAAAGUUUUCUUUGUGAAGUACAAUGAUCCCAUCUAUGUGAAACUAGAGAAAUUGGACAUCAUGAUUCGUUUGGCAUCCCAAGCCAACGUUGCUCAGGUUCUGGCAGAACAGAAGGAAUAUGCCACAGAGGUGGAUAUCGACUUUGUAUGCAAAGCUGUGCGGGCCAUUGGACGGUGUGCCAUAAAGGUGGAGCAAUCUGCAGAGCGCUGUGUAAGCACAUUGCUUGAUCUCAUCCAAACCAAGGUAAAUUAUGUGGUCCAAGAGGCGAUUGAUAUCUUCCGCAAAUACCCCAACAAAUAUGAAAGUAUCAUUGCCACUUUGUGUGAGAACUUAGACUCACUGGAUGAGCCAGACGCUCGAGCAGCUAUGAUUUGGAUUGUGGGAGAAUAUGCUGAAAGAAUUGACAAUGCAGAUGAGUUACUAGAGAGCUUCCUGGAAGGUUUUCAUGAUGAUAGCACCCAGGUACAGCUCACUCUGCUUACUGCCGUAGUGAAGCUGUUUCUCAAGAAACCAUCAGAAACGCAGGAGCUGGUACAGCAGGUCUUGAGUUUGGCAACACAGGAUUCUGAUAAUCCUGACCUUCGAGACCGGGGCUCUAUUUAUUGGCGCCUUCUCUCAACUGAUCCUGUCACAGCCAAAGAAGUAGUCUUGUCUGAGAAGCCACUGAUCUCUGAGGAGACAGCUCUUAUUGAGCCAACUCUGUUGGAUGAGCUCAUCUGCCACAUUGGUUCUUUGGCCUCAGUGUACCAUAAGCCGCCCAAUGCUUCUGUGGAAGGAAGUCAUGGAAUCCAUCGCAAACACUUGCCAGUACAUCAUGGGAGGACUUCUGUUUCUCAUCUGCGGCUGGGGGAUGACGAGAAUGAUGUGAAGACCUCUCCUUCCGCCUGCUUUAGCAACAGUCACUACGCACCCACCCUGGGUGGGGCGCUGGGGCAUGAAGUGAGGACCACGACAUGGACUGCUGCUCCCCGGGAGCUUCCAGGACACUUUCAGAGCCACUGCUGCAGAUGGUCUCCAAGGGAGUUUUCAACUCCGACACGCCAGGACUCCCAUGCAGGUGUUAGGAUGGAGAAUACAUGGAAUGGAGGGGUUGUAAGGAUGUAAGACCUUCGUGUGGGAGAUCCAGGCACAGAGGGGCUUCAAAGGAGGCUGAAGACCUAUCUGUGGGGACAGCAGAAGGGCCUUUACAGAGACAACGACAUUUGCAAUGGAUGGAAUUCACAGAGGGAGACAAGGAGGAGGGCCCUGCAGGUGGAGGUUACGGUGGCAGCAAAUCCCGGAGAUAAGAAAGCAUGUGACCUGUUCAGAGACUUGCAAAUAUUGCAACAUGCGGGAAUCCAUGGAGACAUCACAUGGACCACGAAUGGCCAGGUCAGCAGCUUGCACUUCAUCCCAUUGACCAUGGGAAGCUAUCACGUUGGCCUUGUGAUUUUAACACACAGAUAUGGCCCAGCUACUUUUUCUUGAGCACCUGCUAGUGUUACUUACUCCACGCACUGCACACCAUGUCUUCCUGACCUGGCCACUUGGUCGCUGGACAGUCACACAUCUCUCCAGCCAUUUCCUCAUUCCGGGCACUGUCCUCCACGCUUCGCUGUCCUUACACAAGCUCCUUCCUCUGUGGAGAGGCCGCCUUCCACUUCAGCCUUCCUGCGGGAGACUCUGCUUGAAGAACAUUCCCCUGGGAGGCCUCUCCCCUGUGGGCAGCUCCCAGCCUGCCCUGCGCCCUCCACAUGGCACAUCCACUGCUGUCCUUACACCAACUGGCUUUUCCUUAUUUAGCUGUGAUGCAAUGGCUUGCAUGUCAUCGGUAGCUGUCUUCCCUGGGGCUAACCAAGGACCAAGAACAGGGCAAGUGAUUGAAAAGUGUUGAGUGAUUGAAAAAAUAGAAAUUGCAACUAUCUGGGCCAGGCCCUUGACAGAAUGGAUCUUAUUGAAUGCUCCUCGGUCACCUGUGAGAUACGAGUUACUCUUUCCAUCUUGCACAGGAGAUGUGACUCGGCCGAGUUUAUGUAUCCGCUGAUUUGCAGAACUGGGAUUCAAACCCACGUGUGUCUCAGUGCUGGUGCAGAGCUCUUCUGCUCUACCAUGUUCCUGGGACAGUAGCUCCAUCCCUGGAUGGAAAGACGUGACAUCAGAGGAGCCACAGACAGGCCACUUCCUCUCAUUCACCUUUUUCCACGUCCCAUUCAGCUGGGACAGCUUCUACUCAGCCUCUCAAGAUCCGUAUCUGUUCCUGCGCUUAGGGAAGUUUCCCUACACCUCUCACACCACCCAGGGGAGGUAAGGAAAGGAGUUUUCCAUGUGGUCACUGGACGUGAGUAACCACCUCUUCUUCCUGUGACUUCCCCACCUCUGCACUGGGGCUUGGAAAACCCCACCCAUGUCUUCUAAUAAAAGCUCUGGGUACUGCAGGAUGGGCCAGAGGACAGCUCUUCACUCCACCAGACUCCUUGAGGGACUCCUUCCAGGGAGGCCUGAGCUGGACGU